CCAGCGGGACAACACAGCCGCGGACGGGCUCAGCCGAGACGUCUCACCACACUCCCUGGCCGAUCCGCCGCAGUCGCUGCCGAUCCGCCCAAGCAGUCAGUCGCAAUAGCCGUCGUCGCCUUUGGCAAGACGUGGUGCCUCCGGACGCAGCGGCGCUUGUGUCGUUUCGCUAAGGACUCUGGCCGUGGCCCAGUGAUUAAACAUUUCGCUAAGGACAGCGCUGCCUGUGUGCACGUCUCACUCUCUCUGGCGAUCGGCGACACCAUAACACGCUCGCUCAGUGCCAGUGCCGCGAAAUAACAAACAUUUGAAACCGCACUCGCUGCCUUGGUGUUGUGCAAGUGCCACGACGAUGCCGUGCCCCGGAAAGGGAUCAUCGCUGACAGGAGCAGACAAGGCACGGCAGCAGUGAGAGCAGCAGGCAGCUCAGCAUCAGCGGGGGAAGCAGGAAGACCAGAGCGGGCCAGCUGGUGUGUACCUGCCUCCUGUGGGCCAUUCUGCGUGCUCGGUGCAGAGACCAGCUGGGGGACGCUCGCGCCCACCUGCUCCGCAUCUGCUGUGGCCUCGGAGCCCUCCCAGCAGGACUUCCUUUGCCCUAGGUUUGUUAUUCCGACUGAUCUGUUCUCGCUUCAAGGGCCCCGGGGACAUUAUUAAUGGCGCUGUGAUGAGAAGAGAGGCGGAAGAUUCUGGAAAGGAGUUCGAGUGCGCCGGGUCCUGUGUGCUGACGUGUUGAGCAGAGGACACAGCCGCAACAUCGUUCUGUGGCACAAGGUGAUGGCCGAGUAGCAGCUGGCACGCCCACCGACCCUGCCGCGCCCACGCCCACAUCCGCCCACGGGGAGUAUGGUGGCGUGGCUCGCACCCUCCAUGCCCGCCCACCUGCACUACCACCAGCACCACACCAGCACACCUGCCCAGCGCGCCUGCCAGGCCCGUUUGCCGCCGCCCACCGCGCCCACAGCCGCCGCGCCCUGUUACCCCAAGCGGAGCUUCAGCCCCAGCGCCACCCGCGGCGCCCGCGUGGCAGGAGACCCGGGCUCGCUGUAGGCGGGACCAGCAGGCGAGCAGCGAGGGCGCCGCCGCAGGCGUGAGGUGACUCUCGGCGCCAUUACAAGGUGCGGGAGGAUGCGGGUGACGGUCCGCGGCGUUCUGGUGGGCGGAAGCGUGGGCGUGCUUCUGACCACGGUGCUGCUGUGGUCCCAGUGCCGCCCACCUCCGCUGCACCUGCCCGUCCACCAGGCCUCGCUCGCCCACGGCCAGCAGGCGGACGCGGGCGGCAGCAGGCAGCAGCAGGUGCGACGUUCGCCGCUGCAGACCAGCCAUCAGCACCAGGGCGGAAAUGCGGCCAUAGCGGGCGAGGAUGCGUAUGUGGAGGAGGAGGACGCCCAGGGCCGCCCGUCCGACGCCCACCACGCCGGCGUCCGUCAGGACGAGGCUGAGGGCGGCGCGGGCGGAGGCGGGCUGUCGCGGGUGUCCGAGGUGCCGUGCGUCAUCAACGGCGAGUACGAAGUGGGCUGCCGGAGGGACGAGCGCGACGUGUUCGUCCCUUUCUCGUUCAUCCACAACUACUUCGAGGUGUAUGGCCGAGUGGAGCAGCGUGGGGACGGCACAGAUGUGUUUCAGUGGUCCCACAGCUACAGCCGCGUGUAUGAGCCUCAGGGCCACUACCUCCCCACCUCCACCUUCCUCAACUUUGAAUUGUACAAUGUCGAGGCCAGAGAAAGGGUUAAGUGUGUGUCUGCCACUGAGGGUGUACCCAUCUCUACCCAGUGGCACAGCUCAGGCUACACAUACCCCAUCCAGAUUGCCCAGUUUGGCUUGGCACACUAUUGCAAACAUCUCACAGAAAACCCUCCACAAAGGGUGGUGCUGGAGGACGGUGAGGAGCACAAGGGCAAGUGGGAGGUCCAAGGGCCUACCUCCUCAGUCUCCCGGAUCCUUGACCCUCUCACCCACUCCAAUGUUCUGAAGUUCAAGACUCCAGAGACCUCAUCGAAAGGUGGUGCUAUGUUAAAACUCAGUGAGGUGUCUACCCAGAAUCUUUUAGUUUUGAGUCUCAACCUUCUCCUACAAGGCAAUGCCAGCUUUACUGUUACCUUAGAAUACAAAGAUAAAAGACCAGAAGUGUUUACUCUUCAUUAUAUCCGUUCAGAGACCUUGCUGACUGCCAAGGACCGCCAGAUAUUUUAUGGUUUAGGGAACUCUUCAGGAUGGAAGCGCAUGACACGCAACCUCCUCAUUGAUGUUCAUAAGGGUGCAGCAGCGUCACCAGCACUUCGUAAAAGGUUUAAAAAGAUUUCCAGAUCCAAGCUGAAAGUCCUGGCCCUUUACCUGAAUGGGGAGGGAAGCAUUGGCAACGUCACGCUAGCAUCUGCUGAGCACCUCCACCACUUUUAUGAUGCAGCCAACUGGCUCCUCAACCACCAGGAUGAACGCGGUGGAUGGUCCAUCUCCGUCCCUCGCAAGGUGAUAUCGGGUGUGUUGGAGCUAGAUGCAGGCUGGUACUCAGCAAUGGCACAAGGUCAAGCCAUGUCACUCCUGGUGCGCGCGGCUCACCACUCUGGAGACUCUAGCUACCUCAAGGCUGCCAUACGUGCCACGGCCCUGUUCUCUGUCAAUGCAUCUCUUGGUGGUGUGCGAACCUACUUCCCCGGUGGCUUUGUAUGGUAUGAAGAAUACCCCACAACCCCAUCUCUCUUUGUGCUCAAUGGAUUUAUCUACAGUCUCCUUGGACUCUAUGACCUCAAAGAGUUCUCGCUUGAAUCGAACAGCAAUGGAGCUGAGCUGUUUGCAGAUGGCAUGGUCUCCCUCAAGAAGCUGCUGCCACUCUUCGACACUGGCUGGGGCUCCUUUUACGACCUGCGGCAUUUCACGACCCACGUAGCUCCCAACCGAGCCCGCUGGGACUACCACACCACGCACAUCACCCAGCUCCUGCUUCUGGCUUCAAUUGACGAUGACCCAGUCCUCUCUUCAACAGCUCAGCGCUGGAAGGAGUACAUGGUUGGGCACAGGGCUAGCCAUAACUAAGGGGUUUCUUUGUUCUUUUAAUGAUAAUGGUGAAGAGGUAUAUCGGUUGUGGUAUCGUAGUUCACUAAUAAUAUAUUUAAGUAAGAUAUUAUUUUUUACUUUUCUGUUAAUUUAACAUUGUCUGUUGCCGUGUGUAGAUUUUCCUAUUCAGAUAUUUUUGUUUUAUGCGAGAUCUAACUCUCUUGAGAUUAUUUUAGUCUUUGAUACGCUUUAUUUAGAUACUGACUUCAUUUCUAUUAGGAUGAAUUAGUAAAUAUUACCUCAGUUUUCACAAGGUGUUUGUGAGUAACAGUGGUGAUACCUACCUAGAGAUCAGAUCUGGAAGAUGAGCCUUUAGCAACAUUGUGAAACUUGUAUAAAUGUUUGUAUGAUUUGCUGUGAUGCAGUGAAUACUAUAUUUAUACAUACCUAUAUAGAUAUAUAUACAUAUAUACCUGAUCCUUCGUGAACUCACCAUUUCCUUAGCAGAAGAUUUAGACCAUAGUCUUUUGAGAGUGACAUGUUGAAAAAAAAAAAGAACAGUAGAAAAAUUUUUCAUUUUUACUAUACAUAAUUACUAUUGUUACAUAACUUGCUAUGUGUGUUCAUGACAUACAUAUGUAAACACUCAACUACAUUCUUUUGUUUACCAUAGACAUGAAAACGUAAUGAUAAAAUCUUAGUAAAAACAUUCAUCUCAUAUUGUGGCUGAAGAAUCUGCGUUCUCUUGCUUCCUAGUCUCUAAGGUGAAAGUGUUGUGUCAUGAUAGGUUUGCUAUUGACUGAACAGCAGGGGAAUCUUGUGUAGUGUGUGUGUAAGUAGAAGGACAGGUGGUUACUAGAGACUAUUUUAACUACUCUGCCUUGCUAUGUGAUAUUUCUGGUAAAUAAUGAACUGGGUCCACUUGUGAAUACAAAGCUAGUGUGGAUGUUGGCAGGCAGACUUGCAGGCAUGCAAGCAUGCAAGCAAGCAAGCUGGCAGGCAAGCAGGCAGGUAGGCAGGCAGGCAGGCAGGCAGGCAGGCAGGCAGGCAGGCAGGCAGGCAGGCAGGCAGGCAGGCAGGCAGGCAGGCAGGCAGGCAGGCAGGCAGGAUUUUGGUCUGUUGGAAAGUUGAUGAAUGCUAGAAUCUCCCAUGCUGUGUUCCCAGGAGUGUCUGUAGGGUCUGCCUCUGCCAUUGUCCUCAUGUGAUCUUCCAUUAUCUUGUGGCCACAGCUCAAAUUGUAAAUGAGUGUGUAAUUAGUGUUUCUUCAAAACUUAAAAAAACUAAAGAUUGCUGAUUAGGAACUCAGCUUUAUAUUUUGAUACUCAUGUGAUUAUAUACACGUGAUUAGGAAAUGCUGUCAGGCUUACUGCCCUCUGUGGAUAAUCUGCUUUGCAAAAGAGGACUUAGUUUGUCUUAGGGCAUAAAAUCUCUAACUGAAUCUAUAACUGCUACAGUUUUACCAUUUUCUUCUAUGAAGAAACUAUUGAAAGAAGGGAAUAAUUUGUAACAGUAUUUUGGUACAUCUAGUUUAUAUUUUCCCAAACUAAAUUUGCAAAAUUAGGGUAAUUUGUUGUUGCAAAAAGUAUUUGAGUUGAUGUCACAUGCCUAUGAACAUUGCAUUUUAUCUCCCCCCAAAAAACUAUCUGCACCAUCUAAACAGUUUCCCCUUAAAUAUUUUAAACAAUUUCCCCUUAAAUAUUUUAAACAAUUUCCCCUUAACUAUUUGCAUUGUGGUGUAAUAUUCCCUGGGCUUCCAGUAAUAAUGUGCUAAUGUACUUAGGGUGGUCUUCAGCCCAGAGGGUCUGUUAGAGUACCACCUCUUGAAUGUUUACAAACUGCCACUUAAGUUUCAGUAGGCUGCCUUAUGGGCACCCUGAGAGUGUGGUUGAGUGCCACCUUUAGGGUGUAGUGACAUGCUGUAUUAGGGACUUGUUACCCAUAGGGCUGAGGGAGUACCACCCUGAGGGUCUUUGGAUUGCUACCUAAAAUGUUGGUGUAAGUUCACCUGACGUGUUUGUCAAUUCAUUCAUCAGAACUUUGUGGACUGUCACUUCUACUUUUUAAGAUCAGAGUAAUACCCACUAAAAAAAUAUUUAAUCUGAGCUUUAGUGAAAUGUUUUAUUCUGAGUAUUUUCAUAAAAUUUUGGUAGACAAACACAUUUAUGGUAACUGCAUUUCACCUUAAACGAAUGAUGGAUUGUCAUCAUCCAAAGUUGGUGAUGAGGUGUUACUGGUUGGCUCCAACACACUUUAUUCACCCUCACUUGUGCUCAACCCUUUAAUGCAACUGCAGUUCUGAUAGGAUAUACCCAAGAUAAGAUACUUCAACAUUAUUUCAGAUAUUACAGCUUUAACAUGUUUUUUCAUGCAUGUAAACGCAAACGGUAAGGUUAACAGUGUUCAAUUAAGUAUAAUAAAAAAAGAUUAAAUGUUUCAGUGAUCUUUAAACCAUAUACAUUUUUAUGCUUGAAACACCUUGUGUCAAUUUGUAUUAGCUUCAGCCAAUCCAUAUGGAGAUCUGUAGCUAGCUAUUCAGUUUCAUAAGGUAUAAUUCCAUUUGAAAUAGACUACUGUUCCAUCCAUUUUCAACACUGCAAAUUUUUAUGACUUGCCACAUUCCUAAUUACUAAGAAGAUGAUGGGUAUUAUAAUAAGAUGUGAAAUUUGCUCCAUUAGGAAUGCACGGGAGGGUAGAGAGGUCUAGUCUCUCUCAGUGCAUCAUACCAUGAAUGUAAGGUUUGUUCAGAGUAAUGAUUAGUGAACUACACAUGAGUUGCAGAUAUUUCAUCAAUUUGGUCUUCCAGUGUCCUGUGUACAGAUGAAUAAAUAAUAAAUAAAUAUAUAUAUAUAUGUUAAAACCUAAAGAGUCAUACAGCUAAGCUGCUGUUGAUUCCAGAGCUAAAACUCCCUCAGUGUUUUGUAGAUAUGCUUUUGUAGGAUUUCUAUACUAUAUAUAUAUAUAUAUUAGUGUAAGGUCGAAUGUUUUGAAAUGCCGCUAGAAGUAAUCAAAAUUCUUCUACUGUAUUUGUUAAGACAAUUCAGAUUAUUCAAAGGAUGACUCAACAAAAGUAGUGCUGUAGCUGCAAUUAGCUGGUAUUAUAAUAGGACAAUUUACAGAGUCAGUCAACAGUUUACAAGUGAUAGAAUUUUGAUUAUAUAUUGGUUGUAAUAGUUGUUGUAUGUCAACUAACCUGUAAAAAAAAGUGUUGUACAUAGCAUCUACAUUUAUAUCUUCCAAAGUGUGCUCUGUGACUCUUGAAAAUAUCAUUUAUGCGGCUUAUGUCAGAUUUUGGUUUUAUAGUACAGUUGUUUCUAUAUCUGUGUCUAUUUUCAUUACGCAGUCAUUUUAAGUUAUUUAAGUGAUGGGCCAUCACUGGUGAAAAAGCUGCUGAGGACAUCUAUUAGGAAAUAAGAUGUACAAUGUAAGAUGUAUCCAGUAUGUCAACUCUGGCCAGGAGAGAUGUUAAUGGGUUCUGCGCUGAUAAGCAGAUAAGGUCGGAAAGUUCCAAAACCACCCUGUUGGUGACUGUUACCAGUGACUGAGAACUGAGCUUCAGCCAUUAUUAAUUCCUAGAAGAUGUUUUCUUGCAUUGCUACAGUAGAGUCAGAGAAGUCUUGGUAAAGGGUAUAUAUUAUGAAUUGUUUUUAGUUGAACAAUGUGGAAGAGGAUUUACUUUAUAUAAAUGAAGUACUGUAUUCUUAUCCGACUAGCCAUCACACAUAUUCUGAUGGUGAUUUGCAGUGCAUCUACAGAAGUUCCGCAGAUCAUUAUUUGUAAUGUUGAAUAUUGGGUUUCUGGGGCUGGCAGAAGAUUUUUCUCUUUUUUUGUAUUUAUAAGUUUGUUUUUAAACAAAAAAAGCAAUUAACUCACAUUUUUUGUUUUUAGUAUUUUAGUGUAAUAUACAUUACCUCAAAGCUUUCAGCUUUCAGAUACAUGCCAGAUAUGAAAUUGUGAUUUAAUCAAAAUAUUUAUUUUACUUGUAACUGUAAUUGCCUUGCAAUUUGGUCAUUUUGGAUUUUCACCUUUCUGAAUUGUUGUUCUCCAAACCUUGAGUUAGUCAGUCUCUCUCUUUCUCUCUUCUCUUCUCUUCUC